AUGCCGCUCAAUCCCUUCGAAGAGAAACGCCGCACUCCCCUGACUCGCACGGCGACACGCAGAACCUCCGUCGGCACUGCGGGCCUUGAGGAAGGACAGGACUACUGUCGGAUCUGCCGUGGCGAAGGCACCAGUACCCAACCUCUAUACUAUCCGUGCAAGUGCUCUGGCAGCAUCAAAUUCGUCCAUCAAGAAUGCCUCAUGGAAUGGCUGUCGCAUUCUCAGAAAAAAUACUGCGAAUUAUGCAAGACUUCUUUUCGUUUCACGAAACUCUACGAUCGGUCCAUGCCCGCCACUCUGCCCUUCCCCCUCUUUCUACGCCAGCUUGCUCGUCAUGGGGCGACAGAAUUUGCUCGCUGGUCUCGUUACUUGCUGGUGGGGAUGAUCUGGACCUGUUGUUUGCCUUGGUGUAUCCGACAGAUAUGGCGAGGUUUAUUCUGGCUAGCCGACGGCGCCUGGGUGGAUGAGUUCAACCUGCAAGUCACGUCCGAACAAGCCCCAAACGUUACCGGCACUCUCGCCACGCCUCAAGCCUCACUCGCCGCCUCCUUCAACUUCACUGUUCCGGAACACCUCGAGAAGAUAAAACUGGUCUUUCCUCCCAUGCAGAUUUCGCUCGCUGAUAUUGCUCGACUGCUCCUUGGCCAAAGCAUGAUUAGCAAGAUCUUCCGCUUCGUUCUGUCAAUCUUCAUCCCACGUCUGAGACAUGUUGACAGAGCUGGACAUGCGCAGAAUUCCACGUCGGAAUUGUCCUCAAUGGCCAGAAGACCUCCAUCAUUGCUGUCAGACGUUCAAUUCGUAUCAACAUGGUCGGCUUCACCCAUGGUCAACCACGCCACUGUCGAUGUGAUUGAAGGUCAGUUGAUCUGUGUCUUACUGGUUGCGGCUUUUAUCCUGGUGUUUCUGAUUCGGGAAUGGGUCAUCAACCAACAGCCGAUAUUGAACAUGCCUGACCCAGACGACAACGCUCAGGCUGAUGAUGCCGGGGGGAUACGUCUGCCUCCCAACAUACCGCGCGUUCCCCGUGUUGGCGAUAAUGUUGCAGAUGAAUUAGCCGCCAUAGAGAUUCUUGCAGCGCAGAUACCUCCUGAGGACAUAGCCCAGCCGAGACCACUUUCCACUCCUGGUUCGGAUGCUAGCUCCGAAGAAGCAUUAGCCGCCACAGAUCGUAUCGCAAGGCAGGUAGCUUCCGAGGAGUCUGAUACGCAAAGACCGCCUCUCCACCUACAGAGCAUUCCCCUUGUUGGCGAUCGCCUCACAGAAGAAGUUACCGCCGCGGAGCUCACUAAAAGUCGGAUAACUCCCGAGGACAUGGCUCCGCUAAGACCACUGCCUCUUAGACCACCACCGCGUCGGGCUCUGACGGACGACAACCUUGGCAGUGGAACAGGAUGUGAGGCUGACAGACCGAUUCUGAGGGUUAGAUCGCAAAGUUCAUCAAGCGUUGCUGAUGUUGUACAGGAGCGUGGCGGGGCCACGAAUGAUUUUUGGAGUCAGCCGAUCAGAAGAGACGGCACGGGUGACAGUGAAGCUAUUCACUAUCCGCCUAGAGCGACUCCAAGUCCUCAGCUUGUUGACGUGGACAGUGUCGAUGCCUCACCAAUCCAAAUGGAAGAUUCCUCAGUUCCUGAGGAUAUUUUCGUAACCCAUACGCCUGGACGGAUGCAAAAUUCAGAGCAUGAGCAAAGCAAGCAGGAAGAACCGGAAUCACCUGAACCGUUUGGUCCAACAGUGUCAUCUGCAGAUGUGUUUGAUGUGCUUGACGAACUUGAUAAUGCAACGGAUGAAGUACUGGCAUCCAAUGUUGAUGAACACGGGACUGAUUCAGAUGCUCCGGUAAUAGCGACACCCGAUUCGAAUGAUGCAGAUCAAUCUCUGCAGCUGUGGGAAAACGCGCUCCGCGACGAGAGUCAGGAAGCCCCUUUUGACGGUGCAGAUCAUCUGCAGUCUGAGGAAGUCAUUGCACCUAAUGAUGAAGAUUCUCGCCAAGGUACAUCGUUAUGGGGAAAGAUAUCACAGAUUCUCUGGGACAUCGAUUUGGAAGAUGACGACCAGCUACGGGGGGAGACGGGCGAUCCCCCACGUGCAGAGGAUCAGGAUGAGGAACGUAUUGUGGAAGAUGUCAACGCAGAAGCUCCAUUUGUUCCCAUCCAAAACCGAGAUGCUGCGCCGGGUCUGGCGCCUCCCGUUGCCAUCGAGGCACCACCUGCUGUGCCUGGAGAACCCAGGGAGCCCAACAUUCUUUUUGGAGUCGACCUCAAUGAGCCUAACGCCGAUGAUGCAGAGGAUCUUGAUGGCAUCCUCGAACUUCUUGGUAUGGAAGGACCCAUCUUUGGCAUGGUUCAGAAUGUCAUCUUCUCGCUUUUCCUCAUUUCUGUGACCUUGUCGGCUAGUGUCUGGUGUCCCUACGUAUGGGGAAAGAUCGCAUUGUUAUUUCUGUCAAAUCCUACCACUACGUUGGUGAGGGCCCCGCUAUUUGUGCUCUCUCGGACUGCGGAUAUUGUGGUCGAUAUCAUUUUCUUCGUGGCCGGACUUGCUGGUUUCCUCCUGAACCAGCCUGUAAAAAUCAUGAAGGUUGUCUUGUCUCCGGUUAUACCUCGCCUUGGUGGCAUCCUCGACACUUCAAUGUUAGAAGGGUUUAGCCUCGACCUGAGUCAAAAAAGUGGUAUACGUUUGGAAAGGACUCUCUCCGCGGCCGUUCUCAGUCUCAAGCCGGAUUUGCCGACAUUUUCGGUGCAGUCACAUCGCGCCCUUCUCACUUUCAAGGCAUCCGUACAUACAGCACUACAGUGGACGACCACCGCGCUAAUCCAGGGCCAAACGAUAUUGACCAUGGAGCGCCAGAGCUUGAGCGCCCUGUUCACGUCGUUUUGGCAGACCUUAACAUCCUUUCCUAGGCUGCUCGAGAAUAUCGCUCAGCUCGGCAAGUUAGCAUCGAACCUCCUCCGUUCUCUAACUACGGAUCUAGACUUCUCACAACCCAGCAGUGGAGAUGAUAUGGAUCUUUCGUUGACUGAAUGGGGCACAGAAGAUCGAAUCCUCACGAUUCUGCUCGGUUAUGCGUUCUUUGCCGUUGCUGGAAUCGUGUUCCUCGAGCUUGCCCAUCUCGUCCUUGGUUUGAAAGAUGACGAGAAGGUCGAGGGUUAUUUUGCAGACUCGCUGCGGCAAGCAGGUGGGGUGAUGAAAGUCAUUGUCAUUAUUGGAAUUGAGAUGCUGGUCUUUCCCUUGUACUGUGGACUGCUAUUGGAUAUGGCACUUCUUCCCCUGUUCGCCAACGCCACCAUCGCCAGCCGCAUUGCUUUCCUGAUGCGAACGCCUUUGACUGGAAUUUUCAUCCACUGGUUUAUCGGAACCUGUUAUAUGUUUCAUUUCGCCCUUUUUGUAUCAAUAUGUCGGAAGAUUAUGCGAAAAGGAGUGCUGUAUUUUAUUCGAGAUCCUGAUGAUCCGACGUUUCAUCCGGUGCGCGAUGUUCUAGAACGACCUGUACCGGCACAACUGGGCAAAAUUGCGUUUUCGGCAUUGGUUUAUGGCGGCUUGGUCAUUGUCUGCCUGGGAGGUGUGGUAUGGUCGAUAGACUGGUUUGGCGGCAUUCUCCCGAUUCAAUGGUCGACUCCGGAACCCAGACUUUCGUUUCCCGUUGACAUUAUCUUUUACAACUUUCUCCUCCCGUUCGCUCUGCGCAAGGCCGAGCCAUCGAAGAAGAUCUCGGCAAUCUAUCAGUGGUGGUUCCGAGGAUGUGCUCGGUGGUUGAGGUUGACUAACUUCCUCUUUGGAGAGGAGCGCAAAGAAGAAACAUUCAGUCACCCGAAAGGGUUUCCGUGGAACGUAUUCACCAAAGACACGCUGACCGAACCGAAACGUGAUGGACGCUAUGUUCGAGCGCCUGCGUCUGACUCUGUGCGCAUCGCAAAGGGGCGAAGAGUUUUUCUCGAAGUCACAGAAGACAACGAGAGGGUGGAUGGUGUGCCAGAGUUACUCUUCGCCCCGCACGGCAAGAAAAACCCUCAGUUCACCAAAGUCUACCUUCCCCCGAACUUCAAGACUCGGAUCGCAACGUUCGUCGUUCUAUUGUGGCUCUUCGCAGCCUCGACCGGGGUCGCCUUCACUGUCGGUCCUCUAUUAGUUGGUCGCAAACUGACUCGGUUCCUCUCGCAGUCACCUCACCCGCCAAACGAUCUGUAUGCUUUCACCGUUGGGAUCCACGUUUUUGCGGCGGUGGGAUAUACUAUCGCCUACGCCCGACCCGCACGAGACUACCUGCAAAAGAAAUUUAGAUGGUCUGCAAAGGAAUUGCUCACCUCGACGCUCCAUAUCCUCGGCCUGGCGUACCUCGUGGUUUUCACCACGAUUGUCCUUCCUUUCAUUCUCUCCCUGAUCGCAGAGUUGUACAUCCACAUUCCGAUCUUCGACCUGCUCGAAGCCCUUGGUCAAAAUCCUUCGUCCUCCCCAUCCUCCACCUCACCUGCGGUGGAAAGGACGACAAUUAUCGCUUCCUUUCCACCUGCCACAAUUUUUAUCCUCCAGUCCUGGACUAUCGGUCUCAUCUUCCUACGCCUGGUCUUCCGCAUCCUGUCCCACACCCUCCCGCCUACGGUGCGCCCCGCCAGGGCUCUUCGCGCCAUCGUCCGUAACGGCGUUUUCCACGCAGAUGUUCUUCUCGCGUUACGCGCUUUCGUUCUCCCGGCUACGGUCAUUUGUCUUACACUCCUCGUUGUACCGCUGACUUUCAUGAAAGUCAUCAUCACCGUUCUCCAGAUUUCUAACACAUCGGAACGGAUGCGAAUGUAUCGGUUUGCAUAUCCUCUUUUCUUGGGGAUGCUGGUUAGUUAUGUGGGUUGGGCAUAUAUGAGGAGGAAAGUGGAGAAUUGGAGGGUCAAAAUUAGAGACGAGGUGUACUUGAUUGGGGAGAGGUUACAUAAUUUCCAGGAACCGAAGCCAAGAAGUAGGAGAGAGGGUGUAUCCAAAGGCAAAGGCAAGGAGAGGGCUUUGUGA